AUGGCUAUUUUAUUUACUCAAAUAGUAAGACCAUCUGACAACCGAAUAAUUGUGUCAGCAGAGUGCCCAUUGUCCAGAUACUUUGAAAGCACACACACUAAAGUAUUGGAUGACAUGUCUAGCAUACCAGGAAAGUUCCCAAAUGAAACACAAUUCUGCAGCACGCAGUCUGCCGAGGAGGGGAUAAUUAUAUACUUCAAGCAGUUUAAGAGUAUAACUAUUCUUAGCGCAGUGGAAGUGGGCCUUUCUAAAACCUCUAUUUCUUUGUUUUUUGAGAGGCUCAAGGACUUAUUUGAAAAGACUUAUGGGCUGGACGUACCAAGUGAUUUGUCUUACAUACGAUUUGAGGACGUGAUAAAAGAAGAAAGCAAGAAAUAUAGCAAAGACAGGGGGAUGGAAGAAACCUUAGAAACCUUGAAAGAAACCAAAGAGGUAUGCAUCCAGAAUUAUACAAAUGUCUUACAAAGAGGGCACAAAAUAGAGCAGUUAGAAAUGCUUGGUCAUAAGCUACAAAAUAUUUCAGAAAAGUUUAGAAAGAAGAGUAGGAAAAUGCAUGUAGAAGCAGUUGUUAUGCAGUAUGUAUUUUAUGCUUCUAUUCUUAUAAUAUUGUUCCUGAUUCUAUAUUUCUUUAUACGAUAGUCAUACAGUAUAAUAAAUUGUGCAUGAAAUAUAAUU